GGCUAUCUGCAAUACUCGGUGCUCUUCUACGGCUACUACGGCAACGACCGCAAGCUUGGCCGCUCCGGGUACCGCCUGCCCCUCGCCUACUUCCUUGUGGGCAUGGCGGUGUUCGCCUACAGCUUCGUGGCGCUGCUGCGCAAGAUGGCGAAGAACUCGAGGCAGAGCCUGAGCAGCGCCUCGGAUGAGAACUUCACGUUCUGCUGGAAGGUCUUCUGCGCCUGGGACUACCUGAUCGGCAACCAGGAGACAGCCGAGAGCAAAGUGGCGGCAAUCGCCACCACCAUCCGCGAAUCAAUCCUGGAAGAACAAGAAAAGAAGAAGAGUGAAAACAGGACCCUGCGGGUUUUCCUCCGCAUCCUCGCCAACAUCCUGGUGCUGCUGUGCCUCGCGGGCAGCAUCUACAUCAUCUACUUCGUGGUGGAUCGCUCGCAGAAGCUGGAGCAGAUGAAGGACGAGCUCACGCUCUGGGAGAAGAACGAGGUGAGCGUCGUCGUGUCCCUCAUCACCAUGCUGGCUCCCUCCGCCUUCGAGAUCAUCGCGGCGCUGGAGCAAUACCACCCGCGCACCACUCUCCGCUUCCAGCUCGCCAGGGUCUUGGUUCUGUACCUGGGCAAUCUCUACAGCCUCAUCAUUGCCCUCCUGGACAAGGUCAACAUCAUGAGUGCCAUGGGCCAUCUCCUGUUAGGUGAACGGCACAGAGAAGAACGCGCAGGACCGGACGGUGCGUCUCGGCGGGGACACUCCCAAGUCGUCAUCCCCUCCCACAACUCCACCACGAUCGCCCCGGCGCUGACGUCACCGUCACCAUCAUCACCACCUGUCACGACAGUCGAUCUGGGCCAACUCACGAAUUCCACCUUUGACCUCAUCACCGCCGCCACGACCGCCGCCACCACCACGGCAGCCGCCACGGUCGCCUCCGCCGCCACCGCCGCCGUAAACCUGACGUCCGUGCUGGUGUCGACCUUCUUUGCCAACCUCACGCGUCCUCGAAGGCCCCGUGGCGGGACGGAGGCGACGGCGCUGAACUUUACGGUGGCGGCGGCGAGGGUGGUGGCGGCGGUGGUGGAUUGGGCCAACCGGACGUCCUCCCUGGCGCUGAGCUCCACCGGGAAUAAGCCCGUCUCGAACACGACCACCGAGAUGUCGUACUCGUCCAAGUCGUCGGAAAACCAGUGCUGGGAGACCUACGUUGGGCAGGAGAUGCUCAAGCUGUCGAUCAUCGACAUGAUCUUCACGGUGGCCAGCGUGCUGCUCAUCGACUUCUUCCGGGGCCUCUUCGUUCGCUUCUGCAGCGACUGUUGGUGCUGGGACCUCGAGAGCAAGUUUCCCGAGUACGGAGAGUUUAAGAUCGCCGAAAACGUUCUCCACCUCGUCUACAACCAGGGCAUGAUCUGGAUGGGCGCUUUCUUCUCUCCCAUUCUGCCCGCGUUCAAUGUGCUCAAGCUCAUCGGCCUCAUGUACCUGCGCAGCUGGGCCGUGCUCACCUGCAACGUGCCUCACCAGCAGGUGUUCCGCGCCUCGCGCUCCAACAACUUCUACUUGGCCAUGCUGCUCUUCAUGCUCUUCCUCUGCAUGCUGCCCACCAUCUUCUCCAUCGUCAGAUACCGCCCGUCCAGUGGAUGCGGCCCCUUCAGCGGCCAGGAAAAGAUCUACGACAUUGUGUCGGACACGAUCAAAACGGAGUUCCCGUCGUGGUUCAACUCGGUGGUGAGCUACGUGACCACGCCCGUCGUGAUCCUGCCCGCUCUGCUGCUGCUCU